AUGCAACAGAGGAAGCUCCCUCCGAGAUCGCAGUGCAUUAUUGUUGUCAAUCCUACGGAGGCUGAGGCCACCGCCACCCAGGCUCGAUUAGACUACCACCUGCAGCUGCUUCGGUCGCACAUGGUUACCUUGUUUGAUGGUGACGAGGUGGAACCAGCAGCAUCAAUCAGAGUAAACGCGGCCUUCAGGCUUGGAAAACCCCGCCAGGAUAAUUCUCCACGACCACUGAAGGUGGUUCUUCGAGCAGAAGGUGAGGCCAAAGCGAUAUUCCAGCGGACCCACAAGCUGAAAGGAACUCCGGCGCGGUUCCUCAAGGAUCUUGGUUCGGACCAGCGCAGUAAAAUGAAAACUGCAUUGGAAGAACUCAUGGAGCGCCGUGCGAAAGGGGAAACUGAUCUGUGUAUACGGGAUUUUCCGGUUACGAAGUGUUACGAACGGGUCGAUGACGGUCACGUCGCGGUGUUGGAGUUGUUAUUUUUGUCUGCUCGGGUCUCCCUGUUCGAGUGCUGGAGAACUACGCCCAUCCGGAAGGAUUUGGAGAAGCCCUGUGGUGCAGAAGCAAGCUUUGUAACGGAGGGUAUACCACAGUUGGAGUGA